AGUCUGGUAUCAGGGCACAUAUUUUGCCGACUGAAGGCCCCUCCUCCUGAUCCCAAGAAAGCGUUUGAUCCGAUGGAAGGUGACGCGGCAGUAAACACCCUAGUGUUCCUGUCAGCUAGAGGAGUAACCAGACGGGCUGCUACAUUGGUAGCUUGUGGACCUGCAGGAUACAUCCACUUCUGGAACAUCUACAAAGGUGGUAAAGUGAUGAGCUACUUCACUCCAAAUGCUGACGGGGCUAACUUAAUAGCAGUUAACGGAAACAACACCGUGCUAGCAAGUGGAGACACUGCUGGCAAUGUCAAGCUCUACAACAUUUCAGAGUACUGCACUGAAGAACCUUCUCCCCCAACAGGAAUAGAAAGAUCCCCACCUCCUCUCCUCUCCCAGUUCCGGGCUCACACCUCUACUAUAAAGUGUUUCGAGUUCGUUUCCGGGUUGGGACAGUGUGAGUUCCUGCUGUCUGGUAGUGACGAUUGCAGUGUCAGACUCUGGACUGGAAAGGGACAUUACAUUGGCACGCUAGGACAGACAACUAGAUGGGAUAUUGAUGAUCCCGCCACAUUCGCUCACCCUAGAGUACCCAGGGACGUCUUAUCAGCAAUUCCAGAGCCAAUUGACAUUCCGGAUAAGGUCCGUCAGUCCAUUGACACCACACCGGAAUACAAAGACUCGAAAAACACUAAGAACGAUCUGCAUGACGUCGAUCUAGAUCUGGACUACCAGGAGCAAGAAGGUACACGACUGCGUCACAUCAAACACAAACCAGGCCCCAAGACCCACGAGGGCCCUGCUGUCUACCAUUCUCUUCCUUGUUUUGAGUUAACAGAUGUGCCCCCUAGUCGGCAGGCCCCAGUUAUUGGUUCUCUGGACCCCCUCUCCAUACUGGACGCUGUGGAGAUUGAGAGUGUAGCUUCAGAGGAUUUGACCCUGAAGCCGUUCACACCAAAACUCGGCGUCAAAACGAGAAGAUCUAGUCCCAUGACGACUAAAUUGAAAGUCCUUAAUGGGGCAAGUGCGCUGAAAAGUAAUUAUAAGUGAACUAAUGGGGUCUAACAUAUUCCUCCAUAUUUGCUUGUACAAAAUCACGCUGGAACUAAAACCCCCGUCCCCUUAUUUAUUUGUCAGAUACAAUUACAACCGUACCUUGAUGAAGGCGGCAUAAGGAAAUCUAGACAUGUGAACAACUUUUAAUACUUUGCCAACACGUAAAGAAACUACCUAGUUGGAAUCGCUAUUUUAGGUUAAACUUAACCAGUAUCAAUAUGUUCCGGUGUCCACAGUAUUUCUAAACGUGAACAGUAAUGAAUCGACUAUCCGUGUU